AAUUUAACCAAAUCUUGUCCGUUCAUUCAUUUAUCCAACGGAUCUUAUUAGUCGGUGAGUGGUUACCCCCCAUCUUCCUCAGUGGUUUUAAAAUCAUAAACCCUAGCCGAUACUCUUCCACUCUUCUCUCUCUUUGCGGCCACAGCUCCUUCGAUCCUCUAUUCUCUCUCCUCAUCCCAAGCAGAUCUCACUAUGCGAUUCGCUUCUUCUUUCGAUUCUGAACCUAUCUUACUGUUUUUCCUCUAUUUUCUUGGAAGUCUUUGAUUUAUAUCUGACUCGAUCCUUGUGUUACUUUUCCGGGGAAGAUUCUGAUAUUCGCUGCCAUGGCGGCUCUUCUCUGUCACUAUAUAUUAAUAACUCUCUGCGCUUAGCCCAUACGGUUUGUUCGGGUCAAAUUUCGGGUCCGAUUUAUUUUGGAACAGUUGGUCUGUGGGUUGAUUUUCCGUUGUUUUCAGUGUAUGUGAGACAAUUAGGCGCUGGGGAAUCCGCCGGGUUCGAUUUUUGUCCUGUGUUCUUCACUGUGAGUCAACUCAGCUUCGACUCGGUGACCCAGAAGCCUAGGUAAGAUCGAGUCUCGAGUUGUGUCUUUUGGAAACCGUACGGCAAUGCCGGCGGUUGGGAUGAGACGAACCACGAGGGUGUUUGGAGUCGUCAAGGGAGCUGACUCUGCCAGGGUCUUGAGGUCCGGGAGGUGCCUUUGGCCGGAAUCCGAUGAGGGGAAGAUCAGGAGGGGUAACGAUGCGGAUGAGUGGCUGAAGCCGGUCAAGACUCCUGGGAAAGGCGACGCGUGGCCUCGUGGAGUUGUUAAAAGAAGGCAAGAAGUCGCACUUAUAGGAAAACAUGCAGACUCUGGUGCGAAGAAGACGAAGUCAGUGAAAGAAGGGAGAUCUUUACGCGACAGAAAUGUCCCCAGUAAAAUGUGUCGUCUUGUAUAUAGUAGAAAAAGGAAGAUACCUGUCGCCGAAAGUUCAGACUUUUCAGCUGACGGAGGGGCCAAGCAAAGUCUGAAAGAUAAUAAGAGGUGGGGCUUGCAUUUUUCUCGUCGGCAACGAAGGAAGCUCAGUGAAGAGAAUCAGAGUUUAUUGGCUUUCGUCUUUCCUGGCUCUGGUGUUAGGUACAUUCGGCGGGUUGGGUUGACAUUUAAGGAUCUCUCGGCCUUUAUUCUUGUUGAGCCCUUAUGUGGUGCCUAUGCAUCCCAUGGUAUACAAUUCCUACAGGGACCGCCUACUACGAAAAUUGGAAUAUGCAAAUUUUUUGGGAUCACAGGAUUUGACCCCUUGUUCAGUGUGGAUUUCUCUGCCGUCCCCCUUUCUUUCACGCACUUGCAUUCUGCAAUGCUUUCGAGAUCUUUUUUUAGGUCAUUUUUACUUGUAAAUAAUUUAAUUAGUGUGCAUAGUGACGAUGAGAUGGAUAGCGAUUGCCAAGAAUUUGAGAGUGAACAGCAGCAUUCAUGCCAUUCUGUCAAGAGAGCACCUGCUGGGAGCGUAGCGAUCACUUCUGAUGGCGUUGAAAUCAAGGACAAUUUGUUGUUACACGCACCUGCUAGGGGUUCCAGAAUAGCUGGCCGAAAUGGACAAUACAGAAAUAUUUCAAAUUCUAGAGGAAUUCAGAGGAGGAGAAGUUCUCUUAGGAAAAGGAAAGCUCGAAAUCCUUCGCUGUUGGGUGUGCACAAAACUCAUGCGGCGUUGGCUUCUGAUUUAGGGGAUGGCAGGAAAAACAACACUCCUUUGACUCGGGUAGCUUCAAGGAGGAAGCUAAGAAGUUUGGUUCACAGCUAUUCCCCUGGAAGCGUUAAAGAGACUAGUUCUUCCAUGGUUGAUUCUAUUGAAGACCUGGAUUCCUCUCUAUGUUCUGCUAAUCUAUUAGUCACGGAGUCAGACAAAUGUUACAGGGUAGAGGGAGUAGUAGUUACUCUUGAAAUGUCAACUUCCAAAGACUGGCUUCUCACUGUAAGGAAAGAUGGUUUGGCAAGAUGCACUUUCAGGGCAGAAAAAGUUAUGAGACCCAGCUCUUCCAAUCGGUUCACCCAUGUGAUAAUGUUUUCAUUGGACAAUGGUUGGAAGCUAGAGUUUGAUAGGCGACAGGACUGGGUUAUUUUUAAAAAUCUUUAUAAAGAGUGCUCUGAUCGCAAUAUUUUAGCUCCUGUUGCCAAAUUCAUUCCAGUACCAGGUGUGCGUGAAGUCUCUGGCUAUGCAGACAGUAAUAGUAUUACCUUUCACAGACCAGAUAACUAUAUUUCAAUGAAUGAUGGUGAUGAGUUAUCUAGAGCUUUGGCCAAGAGGACUGCAAUAUAUGACAUGGACUCUGAAGAUGAGGAAUGGCUGAAAAAGCUCAAUAAUGAGUCUCAAGAGCACGUCUCUGAGGAUGAUUUUGAGCUAAUGAUUGAUGCUUUAGAGAAGGCUUAUUAUUGUAAUCCUGAUGAUUUUUCUGAUGAGAAAUUGCCUGCCAAUCUUUUUCGGGAUCUGGGUACCAAUGGAGUUUUGGAAGCUGUACAUAGUUAUUGGAUGAAAAAACGGAAGCAAAAACGUUCAUUGCUGCUUAGGGUUUUCCAGGGUCAUCAAACAAAGAAAGCCCCGCUUAUACCAAAGCCUUUGCUAAGGAAGAGGAGGUCAUUUAAGAGACAACCAAGUCAAUUUGGUAGAGGCAAACAACCAAGUGUGCUGCAAGCAAUUGCAGCUGAACAAGAUGCUUUGGAAGAAAAGAAUGCCAUGCUCAGAGUUGAAGAGGCUAAGGCUUCUGCAGACAAAUCCAUGGAAUUAGCAAUACUGAAACGCAAAAGAGCCCAGAUUCUCAUGGAGAACGCUGAUUUGGCAACUUACAAGGCCACAGUGUUAAUUAGAAUAGCCGAAGCAGCCCAAGUUGCAGAAUCAACAGAUGUCUCGGCCGGAUACUUUCUUGAUUGACGGGUAGAGGAAUUGCUGAUGGUAAUUAUUACAGUCAAUUUUUAUUACAGGAAAUGUACACAGCAGAUCUGUUGAUGCUGGUUUUUUAAUGUAAUUUUGUAUAGAUUUUUAUUGUAUGUACAUUCUGUAUGAAGAUAUUGACCUCCCCAAUCUUUUGUACAAUUAGACUAAGAUUAGAUCUAAGUAGAUUUAGAGAAUGAAUUCUAAGAAAAUGCGAAAAAGAAAAGUAUACAGGAUUUUCAAAAUUGAUCUGUGACUUCUUUUUUGGCCUGAA